UAUAUUCCCUUUAUAACAAUUAGAUAUUCAAGCAAACAUAAUCAUAUGAAAUGAUAUCUGAAUGUUUUGCAGAAACUGCCGUUGCAGUUAAAAAAGCAAAACCAAAAGCUGCACCAAAGAAAGUUACCAAAGAGACAUCUAAACCAGAAUCUGCAAAGAAAGAACCUGAGAUAACCAAAGGAAAACUGAGGGCACCAAAGAAAGAGGCUAAGGUCAUCAAGGUGGAAACUAAACCAGCUCCUGCAAAGAAAGAGGCUGAAGUCAUCAAAGGUGUUAAACCAGCUUCUAAGAAGAAAGAGCCUGAAGUAAUCAAGAAGAAAGUUAAACUGGCUCCUGUAAAGAAAAAGCAUGAAGUUGCUAAAAAAAAGGCACUUGUACUAAAACCCAAAAAAAGAGCCUGAAGUUAUCAAAGAGAAACCAGCACCUCCAAAGAAAGCACCUGAAAUAACCAAAGAAAAACCAAAGCCAGCACCAAAGAAAGUCAUCAAACAGAAAGUAAAACCAGCUCCUAAGAAGAAAG